AUGAAACUGGAUUCGGGUUCAAGUUUGCUUGUGAUCUUGGCAACAAUACUGGUGGUCGCUGUGGUCAAUGGAAAGACGCUCACCACAAAACCGGAUUUUUUAACACAAUGCCAACCGAACGAUUCCGAGUUCAAUCGAUGUUUGGUAAGAAAUUUCCAAGCAUUUUUUACCGAAUGGAAAGAAGGAUUACUUAGUCCAAAAUAUGUUGGUGAUUUGGAUCCAUUAUUUGUUAAACGCAUUAUUAUGGAACAAGAUCUCAGGCAUCCCGUCUCAAUGAAUGCUAAUCUCCAUAAUUUAGAGGUGAAAGGUCUCAGAGAUUUGCGUGUCGAGAAUGUAAGUUUCGAUUUAAAUGAAUUAUUUGCCAAGGCAACAUUGGUGGUGCCCAAAUUGAAUAUUCAUUCCGAUUACACGAUUACGGGACGUAUAUUGAGUUUGGCUUUAAAUGGAAAUGGCAAGGCAUUCAUAAGGGCGGAGCAUCUGGAAGUCAAGUUACUUAUUCGUUUCAAAUUACGCGAUGAAGAUGGUCUAACGUUUAUGGAUGUCGAUAAAUUGCAUGCCGAAAUUAAAGAAGUCGGUGGCUUCGGUAUACGUCUGGACAACCUCUUUCAUGGACAGAAAGUUUUGGAAGAGAGUGCUCAUGAUGUUUUCAAUGAAAAUUGGCACGAAUUCUAUGAAAUAUUACGUCCCGCUAUAAAAUCAGCCGUUGAAACCAUUUUAACGGAACGCCUUUCCAAAAUAUUUGCCAAUGUUCCAGCAACAUUUAUAAUCGGAGAAUUACCAGCAGCUGCUGAUUAUUAUGGAUGA